CAUGGCGGCGCCUUGCGUAGUUAUGUCAGAGCUAGUUGUAAAACUGAAUAAAGUGGCAGAAUCCCUUAAAUUGGGGGAUUUCGACCAAAGCAACGUAAUGAUUUUGCAGAAUGUAACCAAAUCCUUCCGAGAGCCAAGCUGCAGGGCCAGUGCAGUGAAAGCGGUCUUUCAGACUCUUCUGCAGAUCCUGUCCAGGUCACUUGAUGAGAUCCAUGCUUUCUACAGGGAGGAUAAUAGGAGGUCUUUGGACACGUGUCUCCAGUUAACAUCAGAAUGCUUUAGAUGUCAAAGGAAUGCUUGUGUCCAGUGUGCCAGAAACCAGUGUCUUAUGAGGGAUUUAGGAUUCAUUGAUGUAACAACCAGAAUACUCCAGUUGCUUCCCAGACUUCAGCUGGUGCAGACAGACAGCGCAUUAGAAGCUUUUAGAUGCGGAAUACAAUUCCUUGGAAACCUUGCUGUGGGUAACCAAGACUGUAAAGAUGACAUUUGGAAGCACACUUUCCCAGAUACUUUCUUGAACUUACUCGACCACAGUGAUGAGAAGGCUGUAGCCUAUGCCUCCAUGGUGCUGUUUACCUGUCUGGACGGAGAGAAAGUGGGAGAGAUGUUGCUGAUUGAAGGGGGACUUGCAGUAGCUGUCAGACUCAUCAGACUCUGCAGGAAACAACCCGAACUGGACUGGGCAGUUUUAAUUGUUACACAGCAUUUUCUGAAAUGCGCAGAACUGGUUGAAAAGAUGUAUGCAAAACUGAACAACCAAGAAAGGAUCACAUUAUUGGAACUAAUAACUGCAGAGCUGGGGGAAGCUGGAGUGGGGACGCAGGAGUCUGCUGUUCCAGUUAGACUGGCUGAGUUCUUAGCAUCUUGUUUCCAGGACAAGUGUAAGGUUGUGCUCACAUUAGCUUCUGAUUCCUCUGCUGCAAAUGAGGAAGCCCUUAUUGUGAUAAGGCUGUUAGACAUUCUCUGUGAGAUGACAUCUGAUCAGAAAAAGUUCACUUUCCUGCAGUCAUUCUCCGAGCUACUGAAAACCACUGUUGAACUUUUGAAGGAAGUCCACCUUACUGGCAAAGAAAGUAAGAACAUUUUCACCCCAACCCACAAUUUCUCUGAGAUGGAGACAGUGUCUCACCCGGCUGUGGGGUUUAAAGCACGUCUCAUCAGACUGACAGGGAAUCUUUGCCACAACAACAAGGAAAACCAAAAUAAGGUUCGUGAAUUAGAUGGCAUUGCUCUCAUUUUGGACAACUGCAGUCUAGAUGGCAACAAUCCUUUCAUUAAUCAGUGGGUGGUGUUUGCCAUCAGGAAUGUGUUGGAACAGAACAAACAGAACCAGGAGAUCCUGAUGGCAAUGGAGCGGCGCGGCAUGGCAGAUGACUCAGCGCUGAGAGAGAUGGGGUUUGGGGUGGAGGAGAGGGAUGGGCAGCUGCUGCUGAAACCAAUCAAGAAAGACACAUGAGCAUCUGUGCUGAGCCGGGUUUGUUAGGCACUGCUAAGUUACUUUUACCAACAGGGACAUAAUCGAUAACCGAAAAAUCAAGAGAAUAAUGUUGCUUUAUAGUAGUAUGAAACAAAACCAUAUGUAUACACCAUAGACACAUACACAAAUGGGUGUAGAAAAUACUUUAAUGUUUUAGUGAUAUAUAUUUUCAUAAAAUGUAAUGAUUUACUGGUUUUUAAUAAGGAUGAACAUGUGUAUUCAGCUGUAAUAUGUAUAUUCCUUCUGGUAAAGCUUUGUGUUAUAAUAUUGCCUGGGGUAUGCCCCACAUUUUAAAAGCAUGUUGGGGUCCUUAACUCAACAGGACACUUAUUGGCAUGUCAGUCUAUGUCAAUUAGUUACUAUUCAUAAUAGUGGGAUUUUUUGGCACACAAAAUGGUGCACUAAAACAGGUUGUACUAUAUGUUAUAAUGUUGCCUGGGCAGCCAGUGUUGCACUGCCUCCGGAACUUUGAAGACAACUGCAAGGAGUGUCAAGCACAAAGGGAACCCCUGGGUCCAUCGCACUCCCAGUUACAGCAGUUUCUUAGGGCCCUUCCCUCACUCUGGUCAGGGAAAACGAUUCAUCCUUGCGACCAUGGAUAACUACUCGAAGUGGCCUGAAGCAUACACUGUGCCAGACUAGGAGACAGAGACAGUAGCAGAAGCACAGUCUCUGUCUCCAGGUCAGUUCGGGGUUCCCCAAGAGCUAUACUCGGACUGGGACUUCAGCUUCGAAUCUCUGGGCUUCAGUGAGAUGUGUCGCCAGCUAGAGAUCUGUAAUGCACGUAUCAUGUCGCUGCACCCCCACCUCCAGGUUGCGGACAUCCAUCGAAAGCGAUGCUACGACCUCUGGGAAUGGGGACAGCACCUUCUUGCUGGAGAACUUACCUGGGUCUACAGCCCUCGAUGUAAAAUAGGCUGCUACCCCAAUUUGGUCAGUGCCUGGAUUGGACCCUAUAGGGUGGUCUACAGAGUACAACUUCUGAUCUCCAAAAGUCAAGCUGGGUGAUCAUGUGACCACAAGGCUAUCUAGUGUAGUGUAUACAGUACAGUUGAGUCAUUUUGAAGUGAUAUUAAAUGGAGUAGAAAUCAAUUGUAUCACAUACAUUUAUCAGGAUCUUAUGAUAUUAUCAGGACCUUGUUUCCAUUGACAUAUAUAUAUAUAUAUAUAUGUAAUAUAUAUAUAUAUAUGAAAAAUAAGGGAGGGUAUUACGACUGCUAUGAUAUAAGUAAUACAUCAUUUAAAAUAAGAAGCUUAAUGUCAUUGGCAUUUGAUCCUAGCAACUUGAGGUUGCAAGACACGAUCACUAUCAAUUGAGCUAUCACUGCCAUCUAGACAUUUGUCAGUAUUAUAAAUGCCUUUUAAAAAUGACAAUGCUGUACUGCAUUCAACACUGGGUAUGAAAUUAAAUUUAAUUUAAAAUAUAAGAAAAAGAACAGUGUAGUCAUACAGUAUUAUCUUCUAGUGGGUUGGAAAACAUGUGUCUAUGUUUAUUUAUUCUUAUCUAGACCCCUGUAUGGUUGGUUUAGUUUCACACUACUAUGUACCAAUGUUAUUACCUUGUUUUUGUGGUUAUCAGUUAUAUUUUCCUCUUAGAUCCCUGUUUGUGCAGGAAACUUUAGGUGCUUAGCAGGUUCAAGACCUCAGGUGUGUAUUGCAUGGAUUAUGCUAGGACAGUUAUAGUCGAGUACAUUUCAUUAUGAGAUUGUCAUGGACAACUGCUUUAUUAAAAAAAAUAUUGAUUUUAAACCAGACUAAAUUAACCAUAAGUCUACAACUAAUAAAGUGAUUAGCAUGUGUGAAUACUGUAUGCAAGCACUUUUCAUUAAACAGCCCCAGUAGUCACUUUACUGGGUAAGUAGCUUCAUUUAAUUUAUUUUCACUUUUCCUUAUUUAUUUUUUUGAGUCCUUUGUUUUUCUCCCCAAUUUGGAAUGCCCUAUAUUAUUUUCCCCUCACCGCAGCAAUUCCCCACAUAGCUCAGGAGAACUGAAGGUUCAAUGAGCGUCCUUUGACCAAACCAGCUUCCACUUUUGCACCCAGGAACUCAAGAGGGAGUGUCAGCGAGCAAACGACCUCUGGAGGACAAAGGCCAGCUCUGCAGGUGUCCGUCUGAGUUCACUAGAUGCCUGGCCAGCAGGGUUCGUAGUAGCGUGAUGAGCAGGAACAUUCCCAGACGUUUUUUCCUCCCUAACCCAUGGGAGCGCCAGAACCAAUGCGAAGCUCCCUUUGGAAUCCCCAACGAAAACCGUCAACUUUGAACAGCCAGGAUGCGAACCUGAGCUCCCCUGACAGUAUGACACCCUGUACAGCAUACAGCUGUGCUUUUACAAGAUGAGGCACUAAGGGCCCCCCUUCACGUUUCCUUUUAUGAUGUUUGGCAUUAGCUGUGCCUGUAUAAGCCUAGUUGCCUGCUCCUUUUGAGUACUUUCUAUUAAAAAAAGACAUAGCAUGCAUGACACAGUAACCUUUCAACUCUGCUGACCCCACCUUUCUUACUAUUGCUACGGGGCAAGCAGAGUUGAAAGGUUACCAUGUACAGGCAUAUGGGAUUUCUUAGGAACUAUAAGAACAAAGAAUCCAGUAACUAGGAUUCUACAGGCACAGAGAAUGCUGGUGGAUUCUGAUUCAGAAAAAAGUUACUACAAUUCUGUAUUGGAGCAACAGAUAAGGAAAGGUGAAAAAUAAAAUUACAUGUGCAGCUAAUUGCCCUUUAAUAAUUAUGCUUAUUGAUACAUUGAGGGCCAAUGUUUCAGAUUAAAAGGGGAUAUAAAAAUGGCAUAGAUUCCAUAAGCAUUUCUUCUAGUACACAUUCUAAACUUCUGGUAUUAACAAUGGACACAUUACAAGAUUUAAAAUGGAAAACAAUAUAUAACUAGUAUGUUAAGAUUGACGCUUACACUUGUCUAAUUGUAUAACUGUUUAGUAUUUCCCAACUUGCAUGCGUGCACCCUGUUCCAACUAAGUUUGUAUAUAUACACCAUUUACAAUUUUAUAAACUAAAUGAAAUCCAGUCUUACCUGUCUUAUUUUUAUACUAAAUGCAGAUAAUAGCAGUCGGAAUCAAGAUGCUUUUUCUCUUUUUUAUGUUUUGCUUGUAUCUUUUUACUCAGAAGGCAUCUACACAAACACCAAUACAUUGACGAGACCUGGACUCCUGUCCACUAUUCCUGAAGAAGCCUAACAUGAAGAUCAGUUUAUUACUUGUGUCAGCAUUCACUUGUAUACUGCUGAGAAUUAAGUUUCAAACAAGCAUGUGUCAUUUCACACUAGAAUAGAAUUCCAAGUUGACUGUUUAAUACUUACUUCCAUGGGUUAGUCUUCUGUGCACUUGACUUUAAUCAGAAAGCAGACUUUGUUGACCUUGCAGUCCAUAUGUUUGCAUUCCCCAGAGGUACUCGUAGCUUCAGGGACACAAGUGAGAAUGCUCCUGCUGCAGCAGUUGGAGGUGAUAAAUAAUACCUACAAGCUCUGUUAAGAAAAAAAGUUUGCUGUUUGUUUUUAUUAAAUGUUACUGUUUUAUUAACUAAAUUUAAAAAAUUAAAAAAAAAACCUGUACAGGACGCUACACCUUUAAACAAAGCGAGACUUGAGUGUCAGAUUUUCAGCUGAUUGUUGUUUUUUUUUUUUUUUUUUUUGAAAGGAAAAAAACACCAAUUACAAUUUUUAGACCGAACAGAAAUAUCUUCAGGCAUUUUACAAUCAUCUUAAUUAAAUGCCUGAAUUGUUUAUUUCUAGUUUUGUAACUUUUUUAUUAGGUGUGUUUUUCUUUUCUGAAAAAAAUCAUGCUGGAGAGUUUUAUGAUCUUGACUGAAGAAAAGCCCAAAUUGUGUGCUUACUAAAAUAUACAAAAAAUAGUUUCUAGUUUUGGCUGCAAGUAGAUGAAUUUGAACUCUUUGAAUACUUACUCCUAUAUUCAUAAGCAGAUGAGAAUUUUUCUGGUGUUAAUUAUUCAUGUUUACAGUAUGCUUUAUUAAAGAUAACCCUAAGGGUACUACUUUAA